AUAUGUUGACGUCGACCACCGCAAAGCGUAGUACGGCGUGAUCUGUGUCAUUACAACGUUCGGUUAGCAUAUUGUACUUUUGUUAAAAAAGAAUAUCUUUUGUAUUUGAGUCUACAUACCGACACGAGACAUGUCGAGUACAGAGGAAUGUAAAUUAAAAGCCGGUCAUCCUCCAGCAGUGAAAGCAGGAGGAAUGAGGAUUACUCAACAUAAAACACCAAAAGAGGAUCGAGACGUGAAGCCAAGCAAGGACGUAGAUGAGAGCAAGCCUUCGAGCAGUCCGCCAAAAACUAUGAUGAUCAGUGGUGUACCCGCGAAAGGAAACGCCGAUUUUCCACCGGAAGCUGUGCAACAUUUUCACGAAAAACCUACGCCGACGCAUGACGCUCGGCCGGCUCACUGUUCGCGUCCAAUUAUCAUUCAGCAACCAAGGAAGUAAAAUUUGAGCGCGAAACGCGUCGUCACUGUUUGGGGAACCAUAGAGCGCAUUUCUACGGCCCAAAUAUUUUAUAUAAACGACGAUAUCUCGAGAAUUCUCGCACGAAUUACAUUCAUGCAUUUACAUAUACAUUCGUUGGAAAUCUUUGAAAAACAUAAAAAUAUUAAAAAAAAAAAAACAAACAAAACAAAAAAUACUACUCGUUAUAAGCAAAUAUUACUGCUUGUUUCGCGUUGAUAUCUUUUAAUUGUAAGUCUUCAAAAGAAAUAAAAGAUAUA